AUGAGUUUAACCAGUGAGGACCUUAAUUAUUUGAUAUGGCGUUAUCUUCAAGAAACUGGGAACCAGUUAACUGCAUUGGCUUUACAAGAAGAAACAAGGGUAUUAGAGUACGAAGAACGAUUAUGUGAUAUGAAUGAUAAGAAUAAAAAUAGUAAGAGCGAAAAUACAGAUGAGAAGAAUUCAGGCUCUGGUUCAAAUGUAACAAAUAAAAAAAAAGAAAAGACUAUAAUAAGAGAAAGUGGUGUACCUAAAGGUGCUCUAGUGAAUCUAAUUCAGAAAGGUAUAUUGUACGUAGAGGCUGAAUUAUUAGCGGAGGGAGAUCCAAGCAAAAGAGAAGCUCUACAUCCUGAAGAAUUUAGCUUAUUAAAGGCCAUUCAAUUGGAUAAAUCAUUGACUGAAGAAAUACCUGAAGAAAAAUUAUUAGAAAUGGAAAAAGAGGAUGCAACAAAGUUAAGUAAGAAAAGUUCCAAUAAUGAUACCAAUGAUAUGAUGGAACUCGAUUCUGCAGAUGAUAUAAGUUCCCAAAUGAAAAUUACCAAAGUAUCAGAUAUAAUAGAAUAUGCUAUUGAAAUGGUGAGAUAUAACGAUUCUAAGGAGAAUGAGAACUGGGCUAUACUUGCAUGUCAUAGUGAAAAUAAUGACGAUUCUCAAUUAAUUAUAACGAAAAGUAGUAAUGAGAAAGUUAUUACACGGACUUCAGUAACAAGUCAUAUAAGUUGUAUUGAUUGUUCACCAAAUUCUUCAGAAAUGAUAGUUGCUGUGGGGACUGAAGCAGGUACUGUACACGUUUGGAAACUUACUAGUGAAAAAAACGAUGGCCAAAAAGAUGAUAUUCGUUUACAAUUGGUCAAUGUUUUAGCUGCUCAUGAAACAUCUAUAGUUCAAUUAAAAUGGAGCUUAACAGGUGAAUAUUUGGCAAGUAUUGAUAUAUCUGGUAGAAUAGUUAUAUGGGAUAGUAUUCAUGGAACACCUGUAGGUCAUAUUAUGGGUAAUCCAUCAUCUGUUGUAGCAGGUGCAGUUGCCUGGGUCGAUAAUACUCGUUUAGGGGUGAGUUUAUCGCAUGGUAAACUAGGUGUAUUUGAUACCACUGGUGAACAGUUGGGAUCCUUGUCAAUAGAAACAGAAUCAGAAUUUAUUCUGACUUGUUUUAAUACUACAAAUAGAAAAUUAUUAACUGGUACUCAGGAUGGUAUAUUACAAAUAUGGUCUGGUGGUUCAUUACAUCCUUAUUUGAUCUUAAAAAAUAAACUUAAUAUCAACAUCCCAUUACUAGAUUGCUUUUGGGUUUCCAAUGGUAAUUUCAUAAUAUCAAUCACUGUAGAUGGUAGCAUCAAUAUAUGGGCAAUAACGGGUAAAUUAUCUGGUGAACCAAUUGCAAUGACAAAUAUCGAUUUAAGAGAAAAAUAUGUUUUUGCAACUAAAUUGUCGCCAAAUGAAAAAUAUUUGGCCAUUGGUUUUAAUGAAGGAGGCAUUAAUAUCUAUAGUAUUCAUGAUAUAAUAUUGAAAUAUCGAGAUAAAUCCACUACUUUAGAGAUACUACCACUCACAAUCAAUUCAGUGGCUGAAUAUGAAGGUGGGAGAGUUGACUGUCUAGAAUGGCUGGAUGAUGCUUCCUUACUCUGUACUAUUAAUAAAAAACAAUUUUACUAA